AUGGCGAAGGACGAUCCGUUCGCACAUUUGAACCCUAAGACGUGCGUGGUUUUAGGUGGCAGAGGAUUCCUCGGAAAAUCGUUAGUCCUCAGGCUGUUGAAACUCGAUAACUGGAUCGUUCGAAUCGCCGAUUCCGCUCAGUCUCCCCAACUCCUUUACACCGAGUCUUUCCUCGCGCAAGCUCUCUCUUCCGCCCGCGCUUCUUACUUUCACGUCGACCUUACCGAUAUGCGCAGCAUUGUCAAAGGUCCACAAUCCUUUCUGUUACGUCACGUGUUCAUCCUGUGCAUCACACUCGAAUCUGCCUCAUUUUCUUCCAAUUUCUUUCAAUUACGGAAACUGAUAGCACCGUUGAAUGCGUUUUGUGCAGUUCUAGAAGGUUCUUCUGUUGUGUUUUAUAUGGAUAUUGCUGGCGUCGAUGUCAAUGACUUUUAUACUUCUUAUAUGCUAAUAGUUCAAGGUGCAAAGAAUGUCAUUAGUGCGUGCCGAGAAUGUAGAGUGAAACGCCUAAUAUAUAACAGUUCCGCGGAUGUUGUAUUUGAUGGUUUGCAUGAUAUUCGUGAUGGAGAUGAGUCGUUGGCCUAUCCGUGGAAAACUGAAGACAUGUUAAGUGACCUUAAGGCUCAAGCGGAAGCUUUGAUCCUGAGUGUCAAUGACAUUGAUGGCCUAUUGACAUGUUCUCUUCGUCCUAGUAAUGUUUUUGGACCUGGGGACACAGAAUCUGUACCAUACUUUCUCAAGUUAGCAAGAUAUGGUUUUGCAAAGUUUAUUAUAGGGACUGGUGAUAAUCUUUCAGACUUCACCUUUUCUGAAAAUGUUACUCAUGCCCAUAUCUGUGCAGAAGAAGCCUUAAAUUUCCAAACAGUUUCUGUGGCAGGAAAGGCAUUUUUCAUCACAAAUGAUGAGCCUAUACAUUUCUGGGAAUUUCUCUCACUUUUGUUAGAAGGUCUGGGAUAUGAAAGCUCUUCCGUUGGUAUAUUUGCUCUGUUGAAAAUUCCUUGCUUGAGUUGCAGGCCGUACAUCAAACUUCCUGCUAAGUUGGCUCAAUAUAUUCUAUCAGUUUUAAAGUGGUCGCAUGAAAAGUUGGGACCCAGAUACUUCAGUUAUCCUUUAUUACUUCAUUUUUUUCAUUUAGCUUUGUACACCCAAACUUUCAACUGCAUGGCAGCUCACAAACAUAUUGGAUAUUCACCAAUAGUCUCCCUUGAGGAAGGAAUCACAUUAACCAUUGAAUCGUUCUCUCAUUUAUCCAAAGACUCGUGUUUAUCAAGAUCCUGCAGUUCCACUGUACGGUCAAAAGCGGAUAAGCUGCUGGGUGGAGGGAAAGUGGCUGGCAUUUUGUUGUGGAGAGACGAGAAGAAAUCAUUUACAUGUUUCAUUGUGCUGGUUUUGUUGUUUUACUGGUUUUUCCUUUCUGGAAGAACUUUUAUAUCAUCUGCUGCAAAACUUUUGCUGCUUGCCAAGUUACUUUUUUAUGGACACGGUUUUCUGCCAUCAAAGUUUUUUGGUUUCAAUAUACAAAGGAUACCCGUGUCUUAUUUCGAGAUCUCUGAUGCGGUAGUGAAAGAUUCAGUUACAACUAUAGUAUAUCUUUGGAACAAGGGUUUUCAAAUAAUAAGAAGGUUGGCCCAUGGGGACGAUUGGUCUGCAUUCUUCAAGAUUGCAGUUUUUCUUUACCUUCUGAAGAUGGUCCUGUCAAAGUUGCUGACAAAAUUGAUAGGCAUAGGUUUGGUCUUCGCAUUUAUGGCAUUUUUUGUUUACGAGCAAUUUGAAUCAGAAAUUGAUGGAGUGGUGGAUACUCUUUUCAGAAGUGUGAAAGAGCUCAUGAUACAUUUGAUGAGAAUUUCACCUGUUUUUAUAUCGAGGCUUCUGCAUUAUCAUGACAACUUGCAGCAGUACGAAGGACCAAGAAAGAUAAAAGACAUGAGAUAG